AUGUCCAAAUACAUCCCGUCUUCCUUUAAUAAAUGCUACUGCUGUCUGUCCUUGAGAGCAGGUGUCUUCUUGAACUCACUAUGCUCAUUGACCAUUCCGUAUUUGAUUGAAACCGUUUCUGCUGCAUCUGACUAUCUUGAGGAUCCAAAAGUGAAUACUCCUGCUUCUUAUAGAUAUUUUCAUACCACGGUUCCCUAUUUGGACAGCCCAGUGGAUAUGUUCUCAAUGAUUCAUGCAAGCACUUAUGCCAUUGGUUUGGUUGGCAGCUACAACAAAUCACCAAAGCUUAUCAAAUACCACAAGAAUUUACUCUACUUCAAUGUCAUCAGCACACCAUUUAUCUUGAUAGAAUGCUUGUGGACAGCACCAUUAAAGUGGCCUGAAAUCAACGUGCCUGAUGGUCCAGAUGUUCCUGAAUUUUUUGAGCGAGAUAUGAAAACCAUGUGUGCUAUAAUGAUAGCAUUGUUGUUUGGCUAUUUCGGCGUGUCAUAUGCGCAACAGAUUUAUGCAGCGUAUGUGGCAACCAAGUACGAAAAGUAUUUGCUUUUAUCAGAAGAAAGCAAAGAAAAAUAA